AUGGGUAGAGGUGAUGACAGUAGUGGGAGAAGUGCAGGAGAAAGAAGUGACGGGAAUGACAGGCAUGGCAAAAAAACGUGGAAGAGAAUUUUGUUUAAGGCUGUGAUACCAUGUGAGAUAACAAGAAUAAUAAGGAGAUUAAGAAGUCAAGUCAGGUUGCCCACAAAGGUGUUAUGGAUGAGGAGGAUGAGAGUCCUUAGGCGGUUGCUUUGCAAGUACAGGGAGUCUAAGAAGAUUGACAAGCACAUGUACCAUGACAGGGAGAAGACUCUGUUAGACCAAUUUGAGGUCAGGAGGGCAAUGAACAAAGCAAGCAGGGAAAGAAAGUUUGCAAAGAGGGAGGAGCGUUUGGCUCAGGGACCAGGGGAGAGGCCAGUACAACCUGCAGCAGCGGCUGCAGCCACCACCUAA